AGGAGCUGCGGUGUGUUUCCCAAACUUCCUUCGCAACCAGACCAAACUCUCUCUCAGCAACUCAAGCAGUUCAACAUCGAGAUGGAGCAUCAGAUACACCUGCGGGUUGUUUACGGGAACAUGGGUGUGCGUGUGCUGGUCCUGUUCGCGCUCUGGUCAGCGGGCUGGCCUGGAUUGCCCCGCGGGGUCCCGCUGCCGGGCGUCCGAGCGCACUCCUGCCUGCCGUGCGAGCCCGAGGAGUGCGCGGUGCCAGCGGACUGCCCCGGCGGCACAACCAUGGACGUGUGCGACUGCUGCAAGGUCUGUGCCCGGCGAGUCAACGAGACCUGCGGCGGACUGUACGGCAUUCAGGGGACCUGCGAUCGCGGGCUCCGCUGUGUCAUCCCGUCCCCCAAACAUGGCGAGCACAUCACGGGCAACGAAGUUGGCGUCUGUCAGGUGGAAGAAGAGACUGCUUGCAAAGAACAGAUGUUCACAGGCUGCAAUAUGGUGGAGGGAACCUGCUUGUGUGAGCGAGCGAGGGCUUGCAGCAACCCCUUUUCCUUCGAGGACAAGCCAAAAUGCUUGCUGGCCAUCUCUGAGAUGAAUGCAGACCGGCCGGACUGCUCCAAGGCGAGGUGUGCCAUCGUGUUCUCUCCCCGCUGCCCGGAUGAUUCCAUUCUGAUCGAGGGGUACACGCCUGCUGGGGAGUGCUGCCCUCUGGCGAGCCGAUGCGAGUGCAAUCCUUCAGGCUGCCUGGAGAGGAUGUGCCGCCCCGGGUACGAGAGGGUCCUGGUGUCCAAGGGCAAGGGUGAGCCGGGAGAGUGCUGCGAUAAGUACGAGUGCAGACCCAUGCUUCCAGUUGCGUCAGAGCCAGAGGACUGCAGCUCAGUGGUGUGCCCAGAGUUCCUGUUGAAGUGUCCUCUCGACAGCGAACCUGUCCCUUCUGACCAACCAGAGGAUAGCUGCUGCCCACUCCCCCCAAGCUGUGAGUGCCGCCCAGGAAUCUGUGAGGAGACGAGCCAGUGUGAGGACGGGACAGUCCGCAGGGUCAUCAAGAAAGGAGAGGGCAAGCCAGGGUCCUGCUGCGACGUGUUCGAGUGUGUACCAGCAGCAGAAAACAACUCGACAUGCAUGCACAAUGGGACGGAGUACAGUGAGGGUGAGACCUUCAGGCCAGACCCGUGCCACUUCUGCAAGUGCAGCGGGGGCCUGUCCUUCUGUUUCACCGCCCAGUGUGGCGACCUACAGUGCCAGAACUACUAUGUCCCUGACGGGGAGUGCUGCCCUAUCUGUGAAGACCCAUGGCCAGGCCCUGUCACCAAUCUCUUCUGCAUGACGGACAGCGGAGAGCUCCUCGCACAUGGAGACCACUACAAAAUGGACGACUGUACCUUCUGUACCUGCAGCAAUGGGGACCUGCACUGCACAGCCACGGCUUGUGCUGUCCACUGUUUUAACCCUAAGAAGAUUCCGGGAGAAUGCUGCCCAGUUUGUGAAGAACCUACUUACAUCACCAUCCCCCCUCCCGUCUGCCCUGACAUGGAGAACUGCACGCUGGCCUGCAAACACGGCUUCAAGUCAAACAUCUUCGGCUGUCCGGUCUGUCAGUGCCUCACAGAAGAAGAACUGUGUCAUGGAAGCCUGGACAACUGCGACCUUCACUGUCCAUAUGGGUUCAAGGUCAACCGCCAGGGCUGCGAGACCUGUGAGUGCAAGCCUGCCCCCAAGAAGUGCAAGUCCAUGGAAGAUUGUGACAAGAGGUGCCCCUACGGCUACAAGAUCAACAAGCAUGGCUGCGAGAUGUGCCGGUGCAAUAAGUGUCCUGAGUUCGUGUGCGAGAAACACUGCACCUUCGGCUACGUGCAAAACAGCAAGGGCUGUGAUAUCUGCAAGUGCAAAGAGGCUCCUUUCCUGCCUCCGUCCUUCCCCAUCCCGGCCGACUCGUGUUUGUCGAUGGACGGGCAGCGGUACGAGGACGGUGAGGGCUGGCACGACGGCUGUCGCGAGUGUUACUGUCAUGGUGGGCAGGAGAUGUGUGCGCUCAUCACGUGUCCCGCUCCCAGCUGCAAACAGCCCAUCAUCAGAGCUGGCCAGUGCUGCCCCACCUGUCCUGAUGAUGUGGACAAUGCCUCCAAGCCUGCGGCGAACCCCACGGUGUGCCACUCGCCCGGCGGGGAGUACUUUGUGGAGGGAGAGACGUGGCAGUUGGACCAGUGUACGCAGUGCACGUGCCACAAUGGACAGGUCCUGUGCGACACCGAGGCCUGCCCACCCCUGCUGUGCCAGAACCCCAUCAGGACUGACGGAUCCUGCUGUGCAGUAUGUCCAGAUGAUGCCGGAGCAGACAUGUUCCCCCUGCCCCCAGACAUGUCGGAGCCCAUCCUGUGCCAGGGAGAGGAGGGGGAGAUGUUCCUCCACGGGGAAUCCUGGAAGGCAAACGUCUGCACCAGCUGCGUCUGUCUCCAUGGCAACAUCACCUGCUACUCUGAGACCUGCCCGCCAGUCAGAUGCAAGAGACCUGUUCUCAGGAAGGGACAGUGCUGUCCCCAGUGCUUAGAUUCGUCCAAUGCGGUGACGACGUGCAGAUACAAUGGGCAGAUGUACAGGGAGGGGGAGAAGUGGAACAUCGACCAGUGCACACACUGCUACUGUGUCGGGGGUCACCAGAUGUGCUCCCAGAGAAUAUGCAUGCCGCAACUGUGCCCUGAGGAGGAGCAGAUCACCCUGCCAGGAGAGUGCUGUCCUGUCUGUAGAUCAGACUUGACUACAGAAGUUCCCAAUGAGUCCAGAGGGAGUACAAGACAAAAGGCUCAGCCCACCCCUGCAUUUACCACAACACCACUGUCACCAGUACAAACAACGGAAAUGAGCAAUGAGAUCCCAGAUGCCAAUAAGAUGGGAGGUAUUGAAGCGCCAAGCUUCCCUACUCUGGCCGUGGUUCUUCCGAUCGCCCUCAUCAUCAUCGCGCUCGCCUUGCUGUUCGUCGUGUCGGUCAUCAUCGCCAAGAGAAGAAUGGGCAGGGUCGUCUUCAAGUCAUCGACACCCCCCCAGCCGCGGAGAACCGCCGGGGGGCUGCAGGACUCCAGCGUCGUGUACGUCGACCACAAAAACGGGGUGAAAGUGGAAGUGGAGAGGAGACAUUGGAGCGACAUCGAGCCCACGCGGGUCAGCGGGUACUACAGUAUGAGGGACCCGGGAGUGCAACACGUGUGAUGUGUGUGUGGUUGUGGGGGGAGAAAAGGCGGGCGGCCACCGGUUGCAAUGGGACUGUAGCAAAGAUGCUGCUUAUGUGUGGUGCAGCUGAGGAUGGUUGCUGGGAGAGAGCCAGGACAAAUGAGGGAUGUGGUCAGGCUCAUCAGGUGCUCCUUGUGUGACCUCUGACCUGGUUCGCCCUGUGUGACCUCUGACCUGGUUCACCCCGUGUGACCUCUGACCUGGUUCACCCUAGUCUUGUACAUAAACACUUGACGUAAUAUAUUAUAUAUAGAGAAACUGCAACUCAUUGACACGUCAACAGUAGGGAGAGCUUUAAGUAGAAACAGAGCAGUGAAACACACUGCCCACAUGUGCCGUCACAAGAAACAUAAGUGUGAAACUCCUCCAAGGAAAGGCUUGAAUGUAGCGCCUAUCUUAAGGUAAAUUCUACCAGCAUUUGUACAGUUAAAGUCCAUUGUAAGUCUGGGAUCAGGAGCACCACCUGUAACAAAUGUGUGAUCACAUCGUGUAAAUUGUAGUGUGCUUCUAAAGCACUUCUCAAUGGGAACAAUGCAAAUUUACUGUACAGAGAGACAAAAUCAUGCCAGCUGCCCAGCAUAAAUUUAUAGGGAAAGCAUUCAACAUGCAGAAGCAACGCACACUUCAAAGAGUCCUUUGCCUGCCAUCUCGUAUACCUUUCAAAUAUUUCAGAAGUGCUUCUACCACUGCUGGCACAAGAAUUUAUUUUUUACUCUGUGCAAAGCACAGGACCUCCAAAGCAAGUGAAAAUUUCUGUUGAUGUGUAAUUUUAUCAUGGACUUUUUGUUAAAGGUGUCUGGAUGCUUUUGCAUUAAGAAUGUGGUGUACACUAUGUGCUGUAGAAAUUGAAGAUGUAUUUAUUUGUAAGAUAUACUUCCAGCAUUCUCUCUUGUAAGCCCUUCUGUCUAUGCAGAGUUUUAGCAGAAUCAGGAAGCAAUGUAGACUGGCUUCUAAAUAUUGUUUUAAAUAUUUAGUAGGUCAGCUUGUCAUAGACUUGUACAGUGUAAUUUAUUCUAUAGAGAAGGCUCUUCUAAUUUAUUGUGACUGAAAGGAUGUGGUGUAAGAUACUAGUGAUGUACUGUCCUUCCUACAUAAGGCACAAGCAGGAAGAAUGAUCCUGUCUCAAAACUUGCAUAUUAAACCAAAUGUUGUCAGACAUGUAUAGUGGAUCCCUGGCAAAUAUUUUCCCAGUUGUGUAAUAAUGUCUAACAAGGAGACAUCCGGUAAUUUUGUCUACAUUUUUGUCUGACCAUGUCUGAACAUGUAACACACAGAAAAGUUCUAAUCCUAUGAAGAAUAUUGCCAUGCCAUUAGUAUCAGGGAAUAUGACAAUAGGAAUAUGGUUUCCAUGACAGUUCAUUGUGAAGAAGAGUUUUUGUCGGUAAGCAGAAUUCAAAGGAAAACGCUGUUUUGUGCGUAAAAACUCCUACAUUUGUGUACCAGUUGUGGAGGAAUGGGCUAUGUAUAGCAUCCAGAAGGAGAGGUCCUGUUUUCUACCAAUGUAUUUAUUCUCUACUAUGCUUGUACAUUUUGAGCAGAAAGAGCAAUAAAUUUGAAAUAUCUUUAAAGCAAA